AUUUCCUACCCGUUUCAGAUGAGGUUAUAUGAUUUCGUUGUGCGUGUAUCUAACUUGCAGGCUCACAACUUAUUUCUACAGAGGUUUCAACUUUGGUUCUUCAAUCUUUGAUGUUUUGCUCAAAAAAUUCUAGCUGUGCGAAAUAUUGGAUAUCCAGAGAACUGCUUAUUUUUUUCCAACAAUUCAUUGUUUGCUUCAUAUUGACACUUCGCACGUAUGCUCUCUACGGCCGUAGCAAGCGCCUGCUGGCUUGGAUGGUCGUCGCCGUCAUCACUCUUGCGGGAGUAGCUUCUGCGGGAAUGUUUGGAAAUCAUUCAAGCAUUAUGAUCAUCGUGCCAGGAGUUGAUUGCUAUGAAUCAUAUGAUGCAACGACACCCGCCAGUCCUGGCCUGGCCUGGGUGGCCCUAUUUGCCUACGAAUCACUUAUCUUUAUCCUCACAGUGUCCAGGAUUUUCAAAACUAAAGGAUUGCUGCGGUCACCGUCUCUGCUUAUGUGCAGGAGAAACAUUAUUGAUAUCAUAUUCCAAGAUGGUGCGAUGUAUUUUGCAGUGAUGUCACUAUCUAAUAUACCAAACAUCCUGGCGUUCUACUUUGGUUCAGAUAUCAGCAAAACCACUCUGGCCUCAUUUACCAGCUGCAUGUCCGUGACUCUCGUAUCUCGACUUAUGCUUAACCUGCACAAAUCUAUCGACACUGGCAUUUUCACCACUCUCGUUCAGGAUGAUAACCGCGAAUCAUAUGUCCUUACUACCAGGGUAUCUAUUCACGAACAGUCCUUGAUUUCCUAUUGAAUUCGUGUCGAGCGAGCCUUGCGUGCGUCUGAGCUUCUUCGAAUGUUGUUUGAUGUUCAUGCAGAUACGUGCCGUAGUAGUCUAAGGUAAACCGUCAGAUGACCCAGCUCAAUGGAGAGCUUUGGCCUCAGCUUCAUUGACAUAUGUACCCCCUGGGUGUCAUUCACUCAUCACUGUGAGGCAGACACCUUUAGGUACUAC